AUGGUUAUGGAUCAGAUAAUUAAACAAGUACUACACACCCAGCUGGGCGCGCGCGGCGGGGCGGCCGCCGCCGAGGCCGCCGUGCUGCUCAUGACGCUGCUGGUGUCGCUGGUGGCGAACGUGAGCAUCGCGCUGGCGGUGCUGCGGUACCGCGAGAUGCGCACCGUCACCAACUGCUUCCUGCUCAACCUGGCCGCGGCGGAUCUGGUGUUCGCGCUGGGUAUCCCCGCGGUGGUGGCGGCGCGGCUGAGCGCGAGCGCCGGCUGGCCGCUGGGGCCCGCUGCCUGCAGGCUGCUGCCUUACUCGCAGUUCGUGUGCGGCUUCGUGCUCCUGUGGACGCUGACGCUCAUCUCGAUGGACCGACACCGCUGCAUCGUGGUGCCGCCCUACCGCUCGCGGCUCACCCCCCGCCUGGCCACGGGCCUCACCGCGCUCACCUGGAUCCUGGCCGCGGUGCUGUUCCUGCCGGUCUUCUUCUGGUUCCACGAGCAGCCCGUGGCGGACGGCAGCCUCACCGUGUGCACGCUCAUCUUCCCCAAGUCGGACACGGUGAACCUGUCGCUGUGCUUCACCAUCCCGGUGCUGCUGCUGGCGUGCCUGCUGCCCAUGGGGCUGCUGGUGUACCACUACCAGCGCAUCUUCCAGAAGCUGCUGACGACGCGCAGCCGCUGGGCGGUGCCGUGCGUGGUGGUGCACCCCGAGUGCUCGGACACGCCGUCCACGCGCCGCGACAGCGACCUGAGCUUCGUGGGCAGCCUGGUGAUGCCGUGGUCGCGCAAGAUCUCCACGGCCAGCCAGGUGUCGUCGGCGCCUCCCAGCGGGCGCAGCGGCUCGCUGAGCGCGCACGAGGAGCUGCGUCUGAGCAAGCACCUGCGCGUGGUGCGCGUGCUGCUGCUGAACGUGGUGGUGGUGCUGAUCAUGUGGCUGCCCAUCACCGUGGUGAUGUUCCUCAUCUACGUGGACGGCAGCCGCCCCAACGAAGACACCGGCUUCUUCCUGCGCUCGCACCACUUCGUGUGGGCGCUGGCGGUGGCGCUGCUCAACACCGUGGUGAACCCGCUGCUGUACGGCGUGCUGUCCGAGAACUUCCGCGCGUGCUUCGUCAAGCUGUGGUUCGGCACGCGCCGCAAGAAGCAGAGCCUGGCCGGGCUGAAGAACGGGGCGAGCAAGAGCAACGGGCUGGACGGCGCGGGCGACGGGGCCAAGGGCGGCGCGCGUACCCCCAGCAGCGGGCGCGCCAACGGGUACCCGGUGCCCGGCAAGGCGCACAAGAAGUUCAGCACGUGCAGCCAGGGCUCCGUGUUGGACGCCCCCAGCGGGAACCUGGUGUGAGUCGCGACGCCUCCUGCACAUCUCAACCGAAUCAGUAUUCGUGCCGUGCGUCGCUCAAGGCGUGCUGCAUAUGCCUAAAAGAGAACCCUCUCUCCAGAACUGCCUGUGACUAAAGAGCCUCAACUCUGUGUGACGUUGUUUCAAUUGGUUUUAAUUCACCGAUGACGUGCACUAAUUUUCACGAAUUGUUUAUCUUCUGACAAUUUUAAUACAGUCUGGCACAGAGAUGUUUUACUACACUUCUAUUUUGACGUGUGCUUUAAAAGCUAUCUAUGAAGAGAGGGUUCUUAUACUUGCCAUGAAGAAAUGUGUCCGUGUCAUUGUAGAAAAAGACAUCACUGACAACAUUACACCCUCGAUGUAAGUGCGAUGGACGUCUUUUUUUAGAGAACGGUGUAAUACGCACGAGAUAGUAUCUGUUAGAAGAAUAUUCGAAGAAUGUAUGUUAAAUAAGUGGAAGGAAUAUGUUUGUGAUCAAUGUGUGAUGUUAGGUGAUGGUUACCGUAUUGUUGUAAACAAAUUAAGAAAUCUUUACCAAAGCUACACCAGGGCGUAACUUCUCUCCAAAACAUGUGAUGUUAGUAGAGGCAAAAUAUUAUAGAUAUACAAUCUGAUCAGGAACUGAUAACCGAAGAAUAUGUUUCCAUUUAUAGAAAAAGAACUCAACAACUGUACUUUGCAAUGUGGAAGAGUUACCAAUUCUUCUCCUCAUAGUAAUGAAGGAGAAUCUUUAAGAAAUAUGAUUACCACUAAAACCAAUGUUGCAAGAAAUUUUCAUCUUUUCUGAAAUGUCGCCUUCCCUCUCCCCCCUUUUCUCUCUCCCGACGAAGUAAUAACCCGUGAAGCUGUUUAUUGUCAGACUACUUCUAGCUGCCUUCUCAAGUGUUCGUUGUAACCCUGCCAGCUCUCAGAGGCGUACUCUCCAGAGACAUUCACAUCUUUGUGUUAAAUAUUUUACAAAACACAUUUUCUCUCCAGAGACAAAAGAUCCCUUGUUACAGUGACAUUGACAGUGGAGAGUACUGAGUGAACUCUAUUAUGAAUCUCUCAUUACAGUCGCCAAGUGCGAAAAAUCGCUACGAAAAAAAAAUUGAUCGCCUGUUUCCCCAAAUAAUUUCCCGUAACAAUUAUACAUGUUCUUCCUGGAGCAAUUAGCGUAGUUGAAGUAUUCACAAAAAAGAAUCGCACCACCAAAAAACUCAUUGUGUUUGUAUGGCACCUUCGCCCAAAAAAAUACUGUUAAAUUUUGUAUGGAGGUUCCCAUCCCCUUCUGCUACAUUUAUUGCGGAAGCGCGCCACGUGCUGUAGCUUCAAAAGCGGGCGCGGCCGCCGCCCAUUGUGAUUCGGGAUCCAAUUAUUCCCCAAAUUCUAAAUUUCUCGCUCGAAUGCAACGCGUUCGUUUGUUAAUCUCUCUGUGGUUCUGUAGCCGACGUUCAUUUCGUGAGGAACAGGACAUGGUAGACAAAGGUUUCGCAAAGUAUGGAUUUGCGCAGAGAAAUGGCGAAGUUUGCAUUUGGGUCAUAUUGAGUUCGACUAUUUCAAAUUUAAUGACAAGUAUGUGGAAAGUUCAAUAAAAUAUUAAAAUAACUACAAUUUGUUUUGGAGUGGAGUUUAAUUCAGAAGCUAAUAAUAAAUUAGGAAAAAUAAACCAAUUUUAUCUAUUGCAGUUUUCGAGUGCGAUUAAUUUAUGUUUAUUAAUUCAAGCCAAUUCUCUUUGAACUAAUGUUAACUGGAUGCAUAACGGCACCAAUUACUAUCGACUAUUGCUUUGACAUAACUAUUACAAAUCAAUUAAUUGACGCAAAAUUCCAGCUCUAGUUGUUGCUAUAGGUUACAACACGUUUCUAGAAUGUCGACAAAUAAGGGAACCAUCAUAUUAAAUGUAAUCCAGUGGUAAAAUUUUGCCAUUUCAAACUCAAUUCCAUUUUUAUUACUACUACUACUGUGUAUGAAAAUAUUGUACUUCAGUUAUUAUUAUUAUUAUUAUUAUU